GUUAAAAUGAGAAUAAAUUUAAUGGUUGGUCAAGAUGUAAUUUGAUCGGAUUAGUUGAUUGACAGUUACUAUGAGUUAAAACAAAGUAAAUUCAAUGUUGAUAUACAUUUAAAAAGAAGAACAAGAGGACGAAGAAGAAGAAAUCUAUGUAAUUAUAUGAAAAUGCAAUCAAAAUUAAUCUAUGAAAUCGUUGAAAAUGAUAACAAUAAUGAAGCUCAAUUAAAUUUAUUAAAUUGUUCUGAUGAACUUACUGAAGUAUUGAACUCAUCAGAAUGUAUACAAAAAGAUAUAUCUACUAAAACCUCACAUAAUAAUGGAAAUAAUGAAAACCGAAUAAAGUAUAAAACAAAUCAACCAUUAAAGAAUAAGGAAGAAAUUAGAAGCUUUUUUAUAUCUAACCAAUUAUGGAUUGUUACUUUAUUAAUUCUAAUUAUCGUGAUUGUUAUUGCAUCAUUAUCUGUUUGGUUUGGAAUUACAUAUUAUAAAUCCAAAUUAUCUGGUAUAGAUAUUAUUGAAGUACCCGGUGGUAGUCAAGCGAUAUCUUCCACGACAAAUAAAACGAUCAAUAAAAUAUGUUUGGAACCAAUUGAAUCAGGUCCAUGCAGAGCUUCCAUCGAAAUGUUUGCUUUUAGUGUAGACCAAUGGAGAUGUAUCAAAUUCAUUUAUGGUGGAUGUCACGGGAAUUCCAACCUGUUUGCUAGCAUAGAAGAGUGUGAAGCUGUAUGCCAUUAAGUCACUUAUUAUUAUUUCAACAAAUAUGUUUCAAGUUAUAUAAUUCACUGUUUAAUUUCCUUUGGUUUUGUAGAUUACAAUAUAUUUCUUUCAUGAUG